AUUACACACAACACUGUUCCGCAGUCUGUUUGUGUGUUGACGUUAUUUUAAGGAGCUCUUCAGACGACAACACAAGUCCAUAAGCAAGGAUACGCUCAACGUUCUACACCUCGGAUAAAAGAGACAAAAGACAAAAUGGCAUCGGACUCUCCGCGCAGACCUAGUCGCUGUGCUGGUGGGGUUCUGGUGCGAGCACAAGCUGCUACGGAGCAGUCUUACAUGGAAAGUGUGGUGACGUUCCUGCAGGAUGUGGUCCCCCAGGCAUAUACUGGUGCUCCGCCCACUGAUGAAAAAGAGAAAAUUAUUUGGGUUCGAUUUGAGAAAGCUGACAUCAACGACGCUGCCCGCAAUCCAGAGUUUAUGGAGAUGCACAGCGGUACCACUGAUCCUCCUCUUUGCCUCAUGAUCGGCUACACUGACGGGAUGCAGAUCUGGAGUGUAUCUUUGGCAGGAGAAGCCCAAGAACUGUUCUCAGUGCGCCAUGGUCCUGUACGAGCUGCUCACAUUCUGCCGGCUCCUCAUAUCAGUCCUCUGAACACAGACAGUUUUGCCGACAAGAGGCCUCUGCUUGGGGUAUGCAAGAGCACAGGGUCUUCUGGGACAAGCCCUCCCUACUGUUGUGCUGACCUGUAUUCUCUACGGACAGGGGAAAUGGUCAAAUCAAUUCAGUUCAAGACGCCCAUCUAUGAUCUCCACUGCAACAAACAUAUUCUGGUUGUGAGCCUACAAGAGAAGAUUGCAGCAUUUGACAGCUGCACCUUCACUAAGAAGUUCUUUGUUACAAGCUGCUAUCCCUGUCCUGGCCCCAGCCUAAAUCCAAUAGCUCUGGGAAGCCGCUGGUUAGCUUAUGCUGAGAAUAAGUUGAUCAGAUGUCACCAGUCUCGCGGGGGAGCUUGCGGUGACAAUGCACAGUCCUAUACAGCUACAGUGAUCAAUGCUGCCAAAACUUUAAAGACAGGCCUGACAAUGGUGGGUAAAGUUGUCACCCAGUUGGCAGGCACGCUACCAGCAGGCACUCCCGACGAGGAAGGUACACCUCACAGUGCGAGCCGCCGCAGCCCCCACAACCCCGGUGUGGUCACCAUCAUUGACACACAUAGUGUUGGCGAAGGACAGGUCUUGGUGAGUGAGGACUCGGACGGAGAGGGAGUGGUGGCUCACUUCCCAGCCCAUGACAAACCCAUAUCCUGCAUGCAAUUCAACCCCAGUGGAAUGCUGCUGGUGACUGCCGACACUCUGGGACACGAUUUUCACGUCUUCCAGAUUCUCACCCACCCAUGGGCGUCCUCUCAGAGCGCUGUUCACCAUCUCUACACACUGCAUCGUGGGGAAACUGAGGCCAAGGUCCAGGACAUGUGUUUCAGCCAGGACAGUCGCUGGGUAGCCAUCAGCACCCUCCGCGGCACAACCCAUGUAUUUCCCAUCAACCCCUAUGGCGGUGCGCCCUGUGCCCGCACACACAUGUCCCCGCGGGUGGUCAACCGGAUGUCUCGCUUCCAAAAGAGCGCUGGCCUGGAGGAGAUCGAACAGGAGCUGAACAGGGUGGCUGCCUUAGGAGCAGGAGCAGGAGGAGGAGGCAUAGGAGGCGGUAGCUGCAUCCUGGGUGGAGGAGGCGGUAUUGGGGGCCGCUGUAGCCCCAUUCCUGGCCUUUCCAGCAGUCCCUCUGGGUCUCCACUGCACGCCAAGCUGAGCAGCCAGGAUUCUUACAACAACUUCACCAAUAACAACAUGGGGAACCCGCGACUGUCCCCGCUGCCCAGCCUCACUGUGGUGCUGCCUCUGGCUCAGAUCAAACAGCCCAUGACCCUGGGCACCAUCACCAAACGCACAGGCAAAGCUAAGCCACCCCCACAGAUCUCCCCAAGCAAGUCCAGUGGAGGAGAGUUCUGUGUGGCCGCCAUCUUUGCCUCUUCUCGCUCCUGGUUCAUCACCAACCCCAACAUGAAAAGAGAGAAAGAUCAGUCCAGGCAGUUGGUUGUUGACUCGCUGUACAUCAUCAGUUGCUAUGGUAACUUGGUGGAGCAUGUUCUGGAGCCCCGGCCAAUUAGCAUUACUCAAAAGAUUAGCGACGACACACCUUUGGAGCUCAGCACCUGUCCGAGGGCCUGCUGGACUCUAGCCAGGACUCCACAAUGGAAUGAGCUGCAGCCACCUUUCAAUUCCAACCACCCCUUGGUAUUGGCCUCAGACCUUGUACAAUACUAUCAGUAUCUUUUGGCUGCGAUGCCCCCAGGAAGCCCAGGCCCAAUCACCCGCCAUGAGUCGUCAGACAGCCUGGCGUCGGACCACAGUGGUCACGAGGACGAGGAGUGGCUUUCUCAGGUGGAGAUUGUGACCCAUACAGGGCCCCACCGGCGCCUGUGGAUGGGCCCCCAGUUUCAGUUUAAGACCAUUCACCCUUCAGGCCAGACCACAGUCAUCUCGUCCUCAUCCUCAGUCCUUCAGUCCCAGUGCCCCGCUGAUGUCCAACAGCCCCUGUUGGACUUCGACACAGACGACCUGGACCUACACAGCCUGAGGAUCCAGCCGGUACGUUCAGAGCCAGUAAGCAUGCCCGGCUCAUCGCGGUUAGUGGCUGAUCGUAGAGGACAGUCCAACAUCAUGGACGCAGGAUCAGGUACGUUUGACGGGCGGGGUGUAACCCUGCUGGAAGUAUGUGGUAGCUGGCCGGAGAGUUUUGGCGUGCCACGGCACAACGUCGGCUCAGCGGACGCCAGCGACGAAGGCCUCCGGGAGAGACUUGCCGAUGCCAUGUCUGAGUCCCCCUCCAGGGAUAUAGUAGGAUCUGCUACAGAGCUGCAGAGGGAGGGCAGCAUCGAAACCCUCAGUAACAGCUCGGGCUCCACCAGCGGCAGCAUCCCACGCAACUUCGAGGGCUACCGCUCCCCACUGCCCACCAACGAGGGCCAGCCGCUAAGCCUCUUCCCCACCAACUUCCCCUAGAGUCCCACCUCUCUUCCAGGAAGAACCGCCACCCUCCAGCCCACCUGCCUGCCUCCCCCAUCAGCAUCACACUGGCACACUUGUGUGUUCAACUGAAACCCAAUUGUGUCUAGGAUUGUGUUUUUCUGUACACUGUGUUUUGUGUUUUUCUCCUCACAUACAACUGGACACAUAUCAGUGUGAUUCCAACUACAUCCACUUAUAGUAUUUCAUUUCUUGGUUUGACUGUGAAGGCUUAACAAUCAUUUUAAAUUUAGUUUAUUCUUAAAUUGCAUUCAUUCGGGGUGGAAACACAGACGCAAAUUUAUUAUAGACUCUUGGAAACUAAUUUCUUUUAAGCUUAACAGCUAUUUUAGGUCUCACUGAGCAAUUAACCAAAUCUAAAGUGCAGAUAAAAUGAAGUUUCAUCUCAUAGAGUAUUUUGAUACACCUUCUGGUCAGGGAGGAACUUCUUUUAGUACCAGUAUCUAUCUAACCCUGCUUUUAACAUUGUUAAAUCAGAAGCCAGUUGACCCAGACGUUGUUGGAGACCAGCCGUCCUCUCCUGUCCUCUAUUGGUGUCUGCUGUGUCCUCAGCCCACCAUCAUUCUUUGUGUGCGUUUGAAGUUUAACGGUGUGCCUAUUGUCUGAAUGAGCCAUGAGAAAAAGAAGCGCCGACAAAGAGAACAUGUUUAUUCCAGUCAGUGACGUGUAGCAGCUCCUUUUCCAUCACUUCCCCAUGAGUGUGUUGCUGCUCUUAUAGCCUCUCACUCAAUAUGUUUGAUUAAAUUUGGUCCUCUCAUGCCUUUGAUUAUCAUGUAAGUACAUUCGACAAAAGUAAUUACACUAAUACUAUGUUGCUGAAGUAAUUUAGAUGUUUACAGUGUAAUUGAAAUAUGCUUUGACAUCAUUUAGUAAUAUUCCCCACUCGGCCUUUCAGCAUCAUACAUUUUAAUUGAGCGGAGGCGUGUGUAGCCGUUGUGUAUUUUGUAUAUUAGAAACUUUUGACCAAAAUCCUUUUCUUGCCUCUAGUGAUAGAUCUCUAAAAAAUGUAUUUUCCUUAAAUGUACUAGCUUUGCCCGUAGCAAAGGAGAUUGAUAACCAGAAAUUCUUUCAUUAAACCCACUUUGCCUGUUAGUUUGUUUUGAGCAAAAUUUUUGUCUUGGUUAAAAAUAAAAUGCAUUAUUUAAAGAGUCGCGUUAGAAACCAUUUUAAAUGAUAGUAGUAAUGUACAGUCCCACAUUUGUGGCUGUUGUUGGACUAGCUGCAUGUCGUGAGGCCUGUUGUUGUUCUUUCAAAGAAUGAGACUUGUUUUAAUUCAGAGCAAAUGCUUGUUGUUGGCGGUAAGAUUUGAUCUGUAAAAUACUUCUUUUCCCAGCGUUCAUGCAAGAAAAAACAUAGUAAAAGUCAAGGAAAU